GAGCGCACUCGGCGCUCCGUAUGGCUGAAAAAGGGGGCGUAUAGGAAGGCUCGGCGAAUCCAGAGCGUCGCAAGGAACACGACCUCAUGACGUCGGCGGAAGGCUCGCGUCUCGUCCGCUUCGCAAGCGUGCACCGGGUCCUGCAAGUCCUCGUUGUCGCAGGCUUGAUGCUGCGGUGCUCGUCUGCGCUGCGACUGCUGAAGGUGAAGGCGCCGCCGACUGUGCUGUACGGUGGUGUCGCCAAGUUGGAUUGUCAGUACGAUCUCGAGUCCGACUCGCUGUACGCCGCCAAGUGGUUCAAGGACGGGUACGAGUUCUACCGGUACAGGCCCGGCGUCGGAGUCACCACAUUCCCUGUGCAGGGUGUCACCGUAAACAACUCGGAGUCUAUCGGCGCGACGGUCUACCUGCACAACCUGACUCUUCAAAGUUCGGGGCUCUACAACUGCGAAAUAUCAGCCGAGUCACCGUCGUUCCAAACAGUCAUCGGAGUCAAACAAAUAAACGUCAUAGCCCUUCCGAGGCACGGACCUCGCAUCGAGGGAGCCAGAAGGCGAUACAGAGCCGCCGAAACGGUCAACCUGAACUGCACGUCAGGAAAAUCAAAACCGGCCCCGGUCCUUCGGUGGUUCAUCAACGGAGCCUUGGUGACCGACUCCAAAAGUCAAAGCGAUAUCACGACCGUCAGGCACUCCGACGGCUUCGAAACUGUAUCCAGGCGGUUGCAGUUUGUAGGUGACGGAAGACCUCUUCGAUCAGAGCGAGGACAUCAAAGUGAAAUGCGAAGUAAGUGUUCCCAGUGUGUACGUGAUGAGCGACGAAAAAGUGCUACUGGAAAAACCGCAGGACGGCCCCGUCGACGCAAGAGACGUGGACGACGACUGUCUGUCCAAGGUCCUUUCCUUCAUCACACGACUUUGGAUGAGAGAAUACGAGGGGGAGGACUGACAAAAACAGGACUAUGAAACGUGACCCUUCAUUCAUGGACAAUCCAGUGUCUCCAAUCGAAGAUAUUCUACCACAACCUAAGAAUAU